CGCGCUCCCGCAGCCUCCUCUUCUCGCGAGAGGCGCGAGGUGCGAAGCCGGCGGCACCGGAGAAGCCGGGAGCGAGCCCCGGGAGGCAGUUUUGGCCCCCUUCAUCCUUAAGAGGAGCCAGAUGCCUCAAGAUUUGAUGUUUAUUGGGUACCUUUGAAAUAAACAAGUGCAUCUCCAGAAGAUAUUUGCAGACCUCUGCUUUCCCAUGGGCGCGUGUGUACAGCAGUGAGUGCCAGCGAGGUGGUUGACAAACAAGGUUUUAGGUCCAUCAGCACGGCAGGAAUGGCAGAUUAUGGGAUCUCAGCUGGCCAGUUUGUGGCUGUGGUCUGGGAUAAGUCAUCCCCCGUGGAGGCUCUGAAAGAUCUGGUGGAUAAGCUUCGAACGUUAACCGGCAAUGAGGGCCGAGUGUCUGUGGAAAACAUCAACCAGCUGUUGCAAUCUGCCCACAAAGAAUCUAGCUUUGACAUUAUUUUGUCGGGUGUAAUUCCUGGAAGUACUGCUCUGCACAGCGCUGAGAUUUUGGCUGAGAUGGCCCGGAUCCUGCGGCCUGGUGGAAGUCUUUUUCUGAGAGAGCCAGUAGAGACCGCUGUAGUUAACAAUAGCAAAGUGAGGACGACCUCUAAGCUGUGUUCGGCCCUGACUCUUUCCGGCCUCGUGGAAGUGAAAGAGCUGCAGCGGGAGUCCUUGAGCCCUGAAGAGAUACAGUCUGUCCAAGAACACCUGGAUUACCAAAGCGACAGCUUGCUCACUGUGAGCAUCACAGGCAAAAAACCCAACUUUGAAGUGGGUUCUUCUAGUCAACUGAAGCUUUCUCUUGCCAAGAGGACUUCUCCUCCAGUGAAGCCCGCCGUGGACCCUGCCGCGGCCAAGCUCUGGACCCUGUCCGCCAACGACAUGGAGGAUGAGAGCGUGGAUCUCAUUGACUCAGACGAGCUGCUGGAUCCAGAGGAUUUUAAGAAGCCAGAUCCAGCUUCCCUGCGGGCUCCUUCAUGUGGAGAAGGGAAAAAGAGGAAAGCCUGCAAGAAUUGCACCUGUGGCCUCGCGGAAGAACUGGAAAAAGAGACGUCAAGGGAACAGGCGAGCUCCCAGCCCAAGUCGGCUUGUGGAAAUUGCUACCUGGGCGACGCUUUCCGCUGUACCAGCUGCCCCUACCUCGGGAUGCCGGCCUUCAGACCCGGGGAGCAGGUGCUCCUGAGCGGCGCCAACCUCAGUGACGCCUAGGAGGGGCCCACACGGUGCACGUCCGCUCCUCCGGUCGACCCCCGUCCCUCCAGUCCCACCGCUGUGGUUCCUCCCGGCUCCUCUGCAUUUGCUCGCUCUCUGCCUGAACUCCAUUUGCAGGGAGCGUGCUUGGUAAACAGAGUGGAGCGGGCCCUGGGGUGCAGUGGUGGGUGGUGCAGCUCCGUAUCAAAAGACCUGAGUGUCACGGGGCCUGCUUACUCCGAGUGGGGGGACCUGUUUCUCCACCUCAUGUUAGGGCGCGCGUCCUGAAGAGGCCGCUCUCCCGACGUCGACGCUGCCCUGUCACUCGGAGCCCAGACCCCCUGGAGUAUUAACGCUCUGUGACAAAGAGGGCCCCCGCCCCACUUCCGGGCUCAGCAGUACCACUAGCGGUCUUCCAGAGGGGGCGGUCCCCUCAACACGCCGUUGUUGGUGACAGGAGUCACGUGUCUCAUGGCCUCCUCGGGGCACCGAAGGACUCACCCACUGGUUGCUGUGAUCAUACUCCAUGUCCCUCUGUCCCUUCCAUCCCCACCUCACCCCUGUUUUACUGUAUUAUAUCUGUCUUGUGCUUUCUGUUCAUCUACCGUUAUUAAAGUUGUGUACUUCAGCACCUCCGCUGUGGAGAGCGGCGUGGGGGGGGGGGAUGUCUGACACGGCCAUCUGAGCGCAGCUUGGACCACGGAACUUUCUUUGUUGAAGAGACAGUGUCACACCAGUGGGGCCAGUCCUACACUUAAGGAUCAGCGCCUCUCCUCAUCUACUUGAGAAGAGACCGGGUUGAUAAGGAUUUAAGGGAAGCAGGACAGAAAUCAAACAACAAUAAAUCUCUCUGACCAGGA